AUGGCCACUUCCCUCGACUAUUUGAAACAGACUGGCACUGUCGUCGUCUCCGAUUCCGGCGACUUCGAGUCCAUCGACGUCUAUAAGCCCCAGGAUGCCACGACUAACCCCUCGCUGAUCUUGGCUGCUGCUAACAAGCCUGGCUACGCACGUUUGAUCGAUGCUGCGAUCCAGCAUGGCAAGGCGAAGGGCGGAUCCUUGGAAGACCAGACGAACGCUGCCAUGGACAGACUACUCGUCGAGUUCGGCAAGGAGAUUCUAGCUAUUAUUCCUGGCCGUGUGUCAACUGAAGUUGAUGCUCGUCUGUCCUUUGAUAAGGAAGCCACGAAAGCCAAGGCUAAAGAACUCAUCGCUUUGUAUGAGUCGCUUGGUAUCAAGAAGGAGCGUAUCCUCAUCAAGAUCGCCUCCACUUGGGAGGGUAUCCAGGCGGCGAAGGAGCUUGAACGAGACGACGGUAUCCACUGCAACUUAACGUUGCUCUUCGGGUUUGCCCAGGCAGUUGCCUGCGCUGAGGCUGGCGUUACCCUGAUUUCACCGUUCGUCGGCCGAAUCCUAGAUUGGUACAAGAAGAAGACCGGGAAGACAUACGAGGGCGACGAAGAUCCUGGUGUCCAGUCCGUCAAGCGCAUCUUCAACUACUACAAGCAACACGGCUACAACACAAUUGUCAUGGGCGCGAGUUUCCGCAACGUUGGAGAGAUCAAAGCUCUUGCUGGCGUCGAUUUCUUGACGAUCGCACCUGCCCUUUUGGAAGAACUCAAGAAGUCUGCCGACCAAGUACCCAAGAAGCUUGAAGCCAAAGCAGCCGCACAAGCCGAUCCGAUUGCGAAGGUUUCAUACAUCGAUAAUGAACCUGAGUUCCGUUGGGCAUUGCUUCAGGAUGAGAUGGCCUGGGACAAACUUCACGAGGGUAUCAAGAAGUUUGCUGAGGACGGCCAGACUCUCAAAGAUCUCCUACAGAAGAAGUUGAGUGCUUAG